AGAGACUCAGUGCAUUUUCUUAUGAGAAGAGUACAUUUGUGCGCUGUUCUUGAUACGUAUAUCUUCUGAUAUACAACAAGGGAAAUAUUUACUUAGUGUAAGAUCAUUGAUGCGUUGGCAUCGAGUAUUCAUGUCGUCUGUACAAAAAAUAACUUAAACUAGCGCGAGUGAGUACACAAGUUUACAGCUUAUAGUAAGCAUUUGCUUUUUUGUGAACAAAUCAACGACACUGGUAAAAUACUAACACGUUCUGGUGUUUUCGUGUUGGAUAAAUGGUGUGCUGCGGGAAAAGAAGCCAGCUUUUCAAGUCACAUCGUCGGUCCAUCAAGCCAGCUUUUCAAGUCACAUCGUUGGUCCAUCAAGCCAGCUUUUCAAGUCACAUCGUCGGUCCAUCAAGCCAGCUUUUCAAGUCACAUCGUCGGUCCAUCAAGCCAGCUUUUCAAGUCACAUCGUCGGUCCAUCAAGCCAGCUUUUCAAGUCACAUCGUCGGUCCAUCAAGCCAGCUUUUCAAGUCACAUCGUCGGUCUAUCAAGCCAGCUUAUUAAGUCACAUCGUCGGUCCAUCAAGCCAGAUUUUGAAGUCACAUCGUCGAUCCAUCAAGCCAGCUUUUCAAGUCACAUCGUCGGUCCAUCAAGCCAGCUUUUCAAGUCACAUCGUCGGUCCAUCAAGCCAGCUUUUCAAGUCACAUCGUCGGUCCAUCAAGCCAGCUUUUCAAGUCACAUCGUCGGUCCAUCAAGCCAGCUUUUCAAGUCACAUCGUCGGUCCAUCAAGCCAGCUUUUCAAGUCACAUCGUCGGUCCAUCAAGCCAGCUUUUCAAGUCACAUCGUCGGUCCAUCAAGCCAGCUUUUCAAGUCACAUCGUCGGUCUAUCAAGCCAGCUUUCCAAGUCACAUCGUCGGUCCAUCAAGCCAGCUUUUCAAGUCACAUCGUCGGUCCAUCAAGCCAGCUUUUCAAGUCACAUCGUCGGUCCAUCAAGCCAGCUUUUCAAGUCACAUCGUCGGUCCAUCAAGCCAGCUUUUCAAGUCACAUCGUCGGUCCAUCAAGCCAGCUUUUCAAGUCACAUCGUCGGAACAUCAAGCCAGCUUUUCAAAUCACAUCGUCGGUCCAUCAAGCCAGCUUUUCAAGUCACAUCGUCGGUCCAUCAAGCCAGCUUUCAAAAUUGCUUUGUCAUUCAACUAAUGUAGCUUUCCACAUCCCCCGUCGGCUAAUCAUGCAAGUCAUGCAAAUCAGUUUAUCGGUCCAUCCAGCUAGAGAAACAUAAGGUGCCGGACAAUUAUUAAACAAUUGUCGUCGAUAUGUCAAGUUGAAGUGAAGCUUAUCCCGUCCCUCAGCGUAUCGGCGAUUUAAAAUGGCUACGGCGGUCAAGCAGAAAGACCCCGAUGUUGAUGGUGGUUUUGCUUGGGCAAUCUUGACAGGCUGUUUCCUCAUGUACAUGGUGGUGGUGGGCGGAAUCAAGGCUUACGGCGUUCUCUACACGGAGAUGGUCAGCGUGUACGCUUCCGGUUCAGGGAAUACGGCGUGGAUCGGCAGCACAACGCUCCUUCUGAUGUUUGGACUUGGACCAGUCGCCAACUUGCUCAGCCAACGAUUUACAUUCCGGACGGUCGCUUUCGUCGGCGGACUGUUGGUUGGCCUCGGGUUCGUGACGUCAUCGUUUGUGCCGUCGAUAGAGUACAUGUACCUGACGUUUGGCAUAUGUGCAGGUCUCGGGUACGGCCUAUCCUUCUCGCCAUGUUCCACCAUCAUCAGUUUCUACUUUGAGGAAAAGAGAGCACUUGCCAACGGGGUCGCCGUGUCCGCCAGCGGGGUCGGGGCCCUUGUGUUUCCGUUUAUCUACCAGUUUCUCAUCAAAGAAUUCGGCCUGCAUGGAACAUUCCUGAUUCUCGGGGGCUUCGCGUUGAAUAUCUGUGCAGCCGCAUGCAUUUUCCGACAGCCUCGUCUCCUGUCGCUAGCGAAACAGAAAUCGACCAAACGACAUGUUCACGAACCGGAAGACACUGAUUUGCUUAACGGCGACACGUCACACAAUCAACCCAAAGAUAAAACUGUGUCGCAAAAUUGCUGCACAAAUUUCUUUAGUUUAUUUAAAUUCUCUCUUUUCUGUAAUCCGCUGUUUUCGAUGUACGUUGUCGCGUUUAUAUUGUGUAUGAACGGCUAUGGGAACAAUCUGAUCCUCAUUCCCGCCCACCUAAAGGCGCUAGGAUACGAUAGGGUCAAGAUCGCGCUUGGCAUAUCAGUUAUGGGCGCUUUCGAAGUCGUCGCUAGGAUAUUUUUCGGAUGGUUCGCCGACAAAGGCUACGUCAAGAAACGGACGUUGUUCAUCUUCAACAUGGGUGUUUCUGCCAUUUUCUGCUUCAUCGCUCCAUUGUUUACAAAUUACUACUUUUUCUUGGUCUACGCUGCAAUAAUUGGUACAUUCCCCGGCUCGUUUUGGAGCCUAAUCUCCGUGCUCAUCAUCGACGUGGUGGGUAUGAAAGACUUUACGGCAGCGUUCGGCCUCGUGUCGCUAUGUCUUGCUGUAGGUUCAGCCAUCAGUCAGCCUACCAUAGGAUGGCUACAGGACGCGUCUGGGUCUUGGAACUCGUCCUUCAUACUUACCGGCUGCCUGCUGCUAGCAUCAGCGUUCAUAGUCAUGACGGAGCCGCUCAUAAAGCGGUGCAUGAAACGAAAGAAACUAGAGCGAAACGAGGCAACCGUUGAACUAGUUGCGUCCGAUGGUAACCCGCCAAAAAGGCUGUCAACAGCGAGCCUAGCGAGAGAAAAUGAGGAGAAAGAAAUUCUUGCUGAUGAUGUACCAUUGAAAUCGGAAAGGAUAAGUCCCGUUUAUCGUCCGUACGAACAUCAAAAACCACCGCCAGUUAGUUCUUAUGAGGAUUCGCUGCCGUUCGCGUUCAUCGAUGAUGUGUAGGAACACUUGGUAUCGUAAAAGUAAUACCACACGCGCGCUGUGUGGUGGCGACCAUGAGUUGAAUGCGAGUUGUAUUGUAUUAUUAAAUGGUGCAUAUAACAGCCAAGAGCUCGUGCAAACACAAGUUGCAUCGCAAUACUCAAUAGGGCUUAUAUAAGUUAGUGUAAUCACGAGUGUUAUCACAGCGGCUUUUCCGAUCGACAAAGUGGACACGUGACUUGUAUCGUAUAACCUCGCGUUGACCAUUGGGCACGUUUUACGUGGUGCUGUGAUCGACACCACACAAUAAUAAUUAAUAUGUGUCAGGACACGAAAUGUUAAUGAACUUAGACACACAUUUGCAAACAAUUAUGUAGACGUUUUACUGUAUGGUGUUAAGCUCGUUAAUUCACACAAUACAUGACUUUAAUGCCUAAUUGUUAGACUUCGUAGUUCAGCGAAGUCUGCAUAAUUAAGUCACAGACUUCCUGAAAUUCCUUACUUUAAAUACUUUUGUUAUUGUCGUUCUUCGAAAGGAUAUUACUAAGUUUAUUUACUACAACGACUUUCCUUUGGUCGUCAAGGAUUUUAAGAUUUCAUGAAUUUCACAGGUGCAUCAAGCAUGUACAUAUUUUAUUAAGUGAACAAACAUCUAAUUAUAUACGUUCUUUUUAAUUUGACAUUCUCUUAAAACAAUCCGUUUAGAGAACAUGUGAAUGAGCAUUUAUAAAUUUACUUAAAAACAAAUAUAUUUACAUAAUGUCAGGUUUAAGAACAUAGAAAAGUAAAAAAAUAAAGGCAGCGCAACAUAGUAUUCUCCCUUGAAUGUUUGAAAAGUGACUGUGUACUUAACACGCAUUUCGAUGCGUACACACGCGUUGUAAUUAUAUUUUUCUAUUUUGCACCCAUUGAUAGUUGUUUAAUUUACACGUCCUUUGAUACGGAAAUAAAUUGCUGUAUUGCAACAAAAAGAAACAGCGGCCUCCAUUUGUUGUAAUUGUCGAUAAAUACCUUAAGGCAGACUGACUUUUGUCACGCAUGACAAUUUCUGUUGACACUUGAUAUCAUUAAACUGUGAAACGAACUUUGAUAUGGAAAAGAAAAAAAUAUAUUUGUUUAUUUAAAUAUUUUAAAAAAUUGUUUAGAUGUA